AGUCGCAAGAUGGCCGACGUCGCUUGAAAGUAUGUUCCUCUCCUCAAUAUGAAGUCGUGAGUGAGCUAGAGAGCGAGGGCGCUUACGUUGGGGUUUUGUUUUUGUUUUAUUUUAGUUAUUUUUUUUACUUUAUUUUUUUUAACGUUCAAUCGUCCGUUUCAUUCCGAAUCGCACCUGUCUCGGGUUUGUCUACUCUAGUCGAGUCGACAGUCACACCGGGCUCUUGGCUAACAAGCUAAGUUAGCUAGCUAGCGGGUUCGUUCGCUACAAACUGCAGGUUUAGGUUUAAUCAAGUGAGCUGGCUUGUUGAUUUCAAACAAAUCAUCUUUAGGCUUCUCAUAAUCAAACGAUCGAAAUAACACAAUAACCGGGGAAAACAUCCGCACACUGCUAAAUUGACUCGCAAUUUAGUCGCAGUUUAACGUGGAGCUAGUUUGCUAGCAUGUAGGAUUAUAUUUUUAGACGUUUGAACGUUGCCGACAUCGUUACGGCCGCGUGUACGCCGUUAUCUAUCGUAACAUUGUAUACCUCGGUCAUGCUUUCACCCCGAGUCACGUUGUAAUUAUUACGGAUAGUCUCUAGUUCUGGUAGUAUUAUUGGCAUUAUACCAAAACACAGAGUAAGGAAUGGAUACACAUUGCACGUACAUGACCAAAUAUAAAAUAUAGCCUCAACCACAAUUCUAAUUUCAAAUUUAGCUACAUAUUAAGUAGACACACCCAAUUUUUAAAAAUUCUGUUUAGUAGUUAACUUUACCCAGGGUUGGUCCGUGCUUACGGAGAGUGACUGGGCACACAGAUUAUAACUAAGGGGUACUUCAUAUACAGCUAUUCGACUCACACUUUGAGUCUUAAAACAGGACAUAAAGUACGAAAUGGGAGUGCAGGGUUUUCAGGAGUACGUGGAAAAACGUUGCCCUGGCGCGGCCGUUCCAGUAGACCUCCUCAAACUCGCCCGAACAGCGGGCCGACAGCCUCCACACCACCAUCACCAUCCCCAUCACCCAAGCUCGCUGCCUCCACCUUCUCCGCCUGCACGGAUUCUUGUUGAUGCAGACUCUGGCCUCCAGCGACUGUAUGGGGGCUAUCAGACCGAUUGGGUAUGUGGAGGCGAGUGGAAUGCGAUGCUCGGCUAUCUGGCGGCCCUCUCUCAGGCCUGUUUGUAUCAGGGCGGCCUGGAGCUUGUGGUAGUUUUUAACGGCACACUUGGGAAGGAUCGCUGGCCGGAGUGGGCGCGGCGGGCGCAGGGGCAGAGGCAGACUGCGCAGCUCAUUGUAAACCACGUCGGCAGCAAGGCCACGCCGCCUCCGCGGGCCUGGUUCCUGCCUCCGGCUUGCCUUAGCCACUGUGUUCGUCUCGCCAUGUUCCGCUUCCGUGUGCGGGUGGUACAGACCCUCGAGGACCACCACCAGGAGGUGCUAUCCCUGUACAGAGAUUAUGGCUUUCAGGGCCUGAUUGCACAGGACUCGGAGUUCGCUCUAUGCAAUGUCCCGGCCUAUUUCAGCUCCCAUGCGCUCAAGCUCUCCUGGAACGGCAAGAAUCUGACUACCCACCAGUACCUGCUGUCUGAGGCCGCACGCCAAUUGGGCCUCAAAACCCAGCACCUGCCCAUAUUUGCUGCCCUGCUCGGGAAUCACAUUCUGCCAGAUGAAGACCUGGCUGCCUUUCAUUGGAGUCUCUUGGGUCCAGAACACCCUCUUGCCUCCCUCAAGGUAAGGGCUCAUCAAUUAGUCCUCCCUCCUUGUGAGGUUGUGAUUAAGGCUGUAUCAGAUUAUGUUGCAUCCAUCAAAGACCUCGGAAACCUGGAUGCUGUGGCCAAGGAUGUUUUUAAACAGUCUCAGUCUCGGACUGAAGAUAAAAUUGAAAGGUUUAAGAAAGCAGUGGAGUAUUUUUCAGCGGCCAGUAAACCAAGACCUCUUUCAAUGGGACCUUCUCCUUACCUCUUUCCAGGUUUUGGGCCUGGUCAGUUUGGCGGACCUGCAGGCCACAUGGGGGCAGUACAGUCUGGUAAAGCCCAGUUUGGUCCACCCCAGGUAUCAGGUGUUAAGGUGCCUUAUCCCGGUGGGCCCUAUGGACCUGGCCCAGCUUCUGGUCCCGCCCUUCUAUUCCAGAACCCUCCUCCACCACUGCAAGACUGCAAUGAUUCUCUUGUUGGGAAAAUGGGCUUUGCUGAUUGGUCUGCUCCUUACGAUUCUGCUCAAGGUGGCAACCGACUGCCCAAUCACCACACCGCACCUCCCUCAGGCCCUUCCCCUUCCCCAUCAUCUUCCUCUGAUGGGGAGGAACAAAAUGACACCAGCACCAAUCAUUUGGCUGAUAAGUCCUCUAGAUGGGAAGAUCCCAGUGGCCGUGGGGGCGGUGCCUCUGGGGAAGGUCACCAAGGCAAUGGGAGUGGGCCGUCUAUUCCAUCACUGCUGUCCAUGGCAACACGGAGUCACAUGGACAUCACAACUCCGCCCCUGCCUCAGGUCAGCGCGGAGGUGCUGCGAGUGGCAGAGCACAGACACAGAAGAGGACUCAUGUACCCACAGAUCUACCACAUCCUCACCAAGGGAGAGAUGAAGAUGCCGGUGUGUAUCGAGGACGAGUGCAACCCCGACCUGCCCCCUGCCUCUCUGCUGUUCCGCUCGGCCCGGCAGUAUGCCUACGGCGUGCUGUUCAGCCUGGCCGAGACCCAGCGCAGACUGGAGAGGGUGGCCAUGCGCAAGCGCACUCCACUGGAGGUGCCCCCGGUGAUCAUCAAAGAGUGGUGCGCCAGCAAGGCCAAGUCGGCCUUGACCCCGGAGCUGGUCCCGGCGCUGUGCUUCCGGGAGUGGACCUGCCCCAACCUGAGGCGUCUGUGGCUGGGCCGCGCCUCGGAGGACCGCAGCCGCCGCACCCGAGCAUUCCUGGCCUGCAUGAGAUCAGACUGCCCUGCCCUGCUCAAUCCUGCCUGCGUGCCAUCGCACCUGCUGCUCAUGUGCUGCGUCCUCAGGUAUUUGAUGCAGUGGCCCGGUGGCCGUAUUCUUCAGCGCCACGAGCUUGAUGCCUUUUUGGCCCAAGCUGUGUCCAACCAGCUCUAUGAGCCUGAUCAACUCCAAGAACUCAAGGUGGAGAAGGUGGAUAGCCGUGGGGUGCAGCUGGCCUCUCUGUUCAUGAGUGGUGUGGACACUGCCCUUUUCGUGAACGAUGUGUGCGGCCAGCCGCUACCCUGGGACCACUGCUGCCCAUGGGGCUUCUUUGAUGGGAAACUGUUUCAGAGUAAACUAGCCAAGGCUACCAGAGACAGGGCUGCCUUACUGGAUAUGUGUGAAGGCCAGGAGGAAUUGGUGUCUCGCGUGGAGAAGAUGCGGCAGGCCAUUCUCGAAGGCAUCAAUCUCUCACGCCCCCCUCCGCCGCCCCCGCCUCUGCCCCCUCCAGCGUUCCUGCCGCCCGCCAUGGUGCCGCCCUUCUACCCUAUGCACCCUCUGUACCCCCCUCGGCCCUUGGGCUCCAUGCCCCAUGCACCACACCACCAGCACCGGCCAAGAGCCUUCCCAGGUAUCCAGUCUAUACCUCCACAAGGUGGGAAGCUGGAGAUUGCUGGCAUGGUUGUGGGGCAGUGGGCUGGGAACAAGCCUGUGCGUGGCAGAGGGGGGUUCAACAUGCAGGUGGUAUCAGUGGGAGGAGGGAAAGGAAGGGGUAAAGAAGUAAUGCCAAAAGGAAGGGGAGGGAAAAAGAUGACCACCAACAGAACACAGAAUCCCUCAUCGCCCCCCUCGACCAGCCCCCCAAAGCUGGCGGAGGAACCCAAGACUGUGGGGCGGCCCUCUGGAACUGGUGAGAGAGCUGGGGGUGUGUCCCAGCAACUGAAUGGCAGCUCUUCAGGAAGCGCCACUGGUCAACCAAUUGACCUGCCACCACUGGCCCAGCCAAUCCAGUGUGCCUUAGCCAGCAAAGACAACCAAUCAGGAGAUGGGGUGGAGGUAGAGGCCCCUUGUUGCCUUGACGACUGCCCAUCGGAUGGUGCACUACAAAAAGAGGAAUGCUGAAAACUAUAGAUGGACAGUGUGAAGAGGAGUGCGGUCUAUGUCAACUUAUCAGCAGGUUCUGAUUUGAAACUGAGCAUAGUUAAAAUCAUAACCUCUGAUUGCACAUUGCACUGAAUCGUUUGAUUCUGGAUCUCAGCCUUUCCACUGCCCCAUCAGGGUUGGAUCAUUGUGACAAGCUGUCUUUUCAUCUUUCUAAUAUUGCUUUAUUUUGAAACACCUUAGAACAUCGAUGUUUAUAUUUGUAUGAUUGCCUGAAAUGGCUACCAUAGGCCCAUAUUUCCCAAAUAUUCAAAUUUAAUCCAUGUUCACAUUCAGCUGACACAUUUUAAGAAAGAGCAGUGCACUUAGUGCACUCUACUCCUAAACUGUGGUGUGGGGUUGUUGUUGUUUUUGUUUUUGUUUUUUUUUCUUUUUUAAGGAUUUGUAAAUCUGCCUGAAAAACAAAUCCUUAUACAUCCAGUCCUGUGAACGACAACGGGCUGUUGUACAUCACGCAGCCAUCAAGCAAACCACAAGCCUGCAUGUAGAUGUAGUGCUCCACACCCGGCAUGUAAUCAGGGCUGUAACAAUGAACUGUUGACAUGAUUUUGGUGUUUAAAUCUAAUUUUUAAAUUUGGUAGUAGCAGUUUUGAUCAAUUAUGUUUGUCAUGUGAUUCAUAUGCCUUUUCAAAUCCAUUGAUAUAGUUAAAGAUUUUUAACAGAAAAUCUUAAUUGACUUGUCAGUGGUGAACCAAUGGUUAACAUCAAAACCUACAAGCUGUUCUUUCACUAAGGUAUAGCUGCCAUUUCAUUAGUGAGUUUAUUAAUAGUACUCUAUCCUUUUUCUUUAGAAAGGACAAGCCCAGGUGCCCGUUGAAUUUAUAAUCGCCCUUGACAAAUGUAUAAAUGGAGGAGAGAUUUGGGCCCUGGGUACAUUUGUCGGAUGAUCACUGACUGUGUGCAGAGAGGCCCCUCUGCACAUUGUAGAUUAGCGUUAAAUGGAUAGUUCUCCAAAGCAAUGUUAAUAUGGCCUCUGGUGAAUGAGACCUGGUGUUCAUACUGACCAUGACAUCAUCACUGGGCCCUAUAAAUUGCACAGCAGUGUCCUGUUCUUUAGUUUUUGACAUUGUAUAACUAGGAAUCUCAGAAUCUGAAACCGUACUAUUUUUUUGCAGCAUACCAUAAGGGAUCAAUUUUAAAAAAGAAAAAAAAAAAAAAAAAAAAAAAAGCAUGUCACAGUGAGAACUGCUUAAUUCACACAUGGUGGUUCACUCAUUUCAGUCCUAUAGAUUCUUUUGGCUAUUGACUAUCCUGCCACUGACUAAAGCACAGGGUCUUGUCAGCUCUCUUGGUGAGUGGUGAAGUCCAAGCUCGGAGAGAAAGGGAGAGACAGGACAGUACUGAUGGGUCUGACCUAAGUUACAGUGAAGUGAUUAUAUAUGAAGAUGGUCAGUCAGGAAUGGUACUAGCUCCACACUUAAUAGCUUUUCCCCCUUUCAUGUAGUCUUGUGACGAUCUUUUUUUUUUUUUUUUUUUUCUUCCCCCCCCUCCUCCGAGUCCUAUUUUCUCACCUGAGUAAACAAAUAUAUUGAUUGUGACUUGUGAAUCCCAUUGUUGAUGUAGCUGCUAAGAUUGUUCUAAGUUAAUAUAUAUAUAUAUAUAUAAAAAAAAAAUUAAGCACCUUAUGCCCCAAAUUAUAGAUAUGCAAGCCCCCAAACCAAACAUGAAAAGAAAUGCCCUUGUAAAUGAAUUGUAUUCCAACAUAAAGCACUUACUUUGAUAUGAUUAUAAACUAGUACUCUAUAACUGUAGUCAUGUCAAAAUAUCCCCAGCGUUUAUUGAUGGUUCCACUUUUAGCCAAACUAACUCUUUACCUGCAUUUUUCUUGUGUCUUGCAAACCAAUAUGACGCAGAUAGUUACCAUGGCGUGAAUGUGAGAACAAAGUGCAGAGGAAACCGCACUUUGUUUUAAAACCACAAAACGCACUGGAUUGUCCUGGAACUAGGACAAAGUGGAAACGAGGCUUCUGCUAGAGCUAGAAGGAAAAUGCUGUGUGGAGAGGGAACUUUAAUACCUUGACUAUCUUGGGUGUUUGUGAUCCAUAGAUGCGCGUGAUCUCAGUAUGCGAUGAUGCAGUGAUUUUAUCAAUGGUUGGGAAUGCACUGUUCCUCUUUCCCGCCCCUAAACAGUACUCCACUGCUACGUCUGUCACUUUUUCUGAAGAUUUGUUUGGGUUGCAGAUGCUUCAGGUCUAAAAUGUAGCUACCAGAUCCAAACCCUCCUCAUUCUCCUUACUCCUUCCCUUUGUGCCUAAAAUAUACAUGGAAUACCUUUGUGCACAUGCAUUCAGCCACCAUAGCUAAAGUCAUUUUAAUGUAUAAGAUGUUUGAAAACAAUUCCUAAACUAGAGAGCCUUUUUAUUAUGACAUGGUCAGGCUAAAAUGAAAAAGGAAGGGGGGGAAAAGCCUCCCUAGACCUCACACACCCACUGUAUGUAGUCUUUUUUUUUAAAUGACAUUAUGCCUUGUGUAUUGUCUUGUUUUUGUGACUGAAAGUGAAAAUUGUACACUUUUUAGAGAGCACUUUUGUUGAGGCAAAUGGGCUGAGACAAAUUUAGAUAAAAUGAAAAUUUCAUAUCCUGCUUGUCACAACGAUUUGAUAUUUUCGCACAGGGAAUGGGGGAAAUGCUUCUCCUUUGAGAACACAUUUUCACUCCAGUGAUUUAUGGAGGAUGUCGUGAAUAAACUUUAAAUUUGUAUUGAAGGACAUAAUACACUAGAGGCUUUUCUAAUACUACAGUUGGUUUAAUCACAAAUCUUAAGAUUGAGUGUCUAAAUUUCGUAUCAGUGUCUGAGUAGGCAUGUCAGUAUGAUGCACCUUAUUUUGUUACAAUAUAGAAAAAUUAUAGUCUAGUCUUGUGCUGCGAAAUGUAUAUCAGAAGCUCUAUAAAUCAAAGAAUGACACCCAUAUUUAUGUUUGUUCUAAAGUUUUCCACACUUGUGGAAACCCCUCUGCAAUUUAAAUACUGCCUUGUUUAAUUUCAACACCCCCUAAAUGAGAAGUAGAAACCAUUUAAGCAAAGGAUUUGUGAUGAGCAGUAUCCACAUUUUUCUUAGAAGAAAAAACAAUGUGAUCGUACUGGACAUACUUCACAGAACUAUUGAGUCAGAUCAAUUCUAGACCAUAACAUUACCAGUUGUAUACUUCAACUAGUGCAGUACAGUAGUAUGCCUUAUUUCGAAGUUCAAACCUAGUUUGCUACAUUUGAUAAUGAAAAACGUUUAGCAGUGCUUGCAAUAGACGGAUAUUCCAUCAUCCCUUAAGCGCGUGAUGCCACCUACACGCGCGCGCACACACACACACACACACACACACACACACCCCCGUGCGUGCGUGCGCGCACACACACACACACACGUUUUCCUUCAGACUUACUCUACAGUUUUAAGUUUCUUUCCAUUUAACAGACAAAAUCUUUAGUACAUUUUAAGUGCUGAUUAUCAGUAUCAAUUAUUGGAGUUACACUUUUAGUUUCAAAUGUUUGUCUCAAAAAUGUGUACAAUAAGAGAGAGACCCAGAAAUGGACACGGACACACUUUUUUUAAAAAAUAAUUUUUAGACAGACACCAGGUAGUUUACAAGAGAAAAUGUAAUGCCAAUUCACAUGCGUGUGGUGCAGCAUUCAGAUUUUUUUUUUUAAUAGUUGAUUACUUGUAAUGCUUAAUUAGUGAUUUCAGAUGCGGCUCCCAAGUUACCCUCUGCAAAGCUUCUUUUCUGGAUUUUAUGUAUUCUCUUUUUGACUGUUCUAACCUCUUUCCUUUUUGCUAGUUAAUCUGACAUUUGUGGAGAUUUGAAUAUACACAAAAUGGAGAGAUCCAAAUGUACAAUAUUUUACAGUAUUAAGUCUUGUUUAAGGGAUGUAUGUCUUAUGAAUUAGAAUCAACAUUUUCAUCAUUGUAUGCCUUUACCCCUUUCCCUAAUUUCAUCCAGUUGAUAAUGGUAAUAUAGAAAACAUUGAUUUACUCACAUGGCAAUAGAUACUGUAUUGAAGAUGUAAUGUUGAUUUUAAAAAUCCCUAUUUUGCUAUUGAAUAAGCUACCAACAUGCACUCCCAGAGUUUAGAUGCUUGCUUCCUGUAGUUCGAUGAUAACAAAUCCCUCUUUCUUCUCCACUUUUCAAAAACCAUUUGCCACCUCUGUCUCGUUGCACCAUUUCUGGCCUCUCAUCAUUUUUCCUAGCAUGGCUCUGUGGAUAUUUAAUCCUACUCCAGUGCCAUCUCUUUACCCCAUCAUACUAACAGUAAAGGUAAUAUUAACAAUAAUAACCAGUCUUAUAAUCAGUCUGUAUGUAAUCGUAGCCAGAACUUGGAAACAAAUGUUUUCAGCAAUGAACAAAAAAAAAAAAAUCUAACCUAUCAUUGGUUUGAAAUUGUGAAAAUUUGUGUUUUUCUAACUAUUUUUAAAUGUUAUUACAAUUGCUACUCCUUUGACCGUCGCUACAGUUAGUAUUAAAAUACGCUUAGCAGUUCUAGAUAUUUUUCAACUGUAAUAAUUGGAGUUUUCCUUACCUCUUAUGGUAUUGUUUCAGACCACUUCACCAUUAUGAUGUAAUUGUCAUCAGACUAAACUGCAGCUUUGUCGAACAUUUUCAAAAACAUUUUAAAUGAGUCAAGAUGAUUUGAAAGGCUGAAAAUUCAACCCUGAUCAUUGCAUUCUUGCACAAAACGGAGAAUUUUGUCUCUGCUACUAAAAACCAAAGUGCAUAUUACCUUAUUGUUAGCCCAAAUUUAUGGUUCUUUCUUUAGUUUCUGGAACCCAAACUUGUAUUUCAGUGACUCGGAUUAUAGGAACAUAUUGUGGGUCCAUCAGCAUAUGAAGGAAAUGUGGUCUUUACAUCUUUCUGGUGAAAAGUGUCUGAGUUGUGUAUCGUCUGGUUUCAUUGCUAAAUUUUUUUUAAAAGCCUUUACUGAAGUUGAGCCUUGAAAGCUGGUUUUAAGAGUUAACCUACCACCUUUUACAGUUUCUUGUGCCCCCGUAUUGUCCUUCUGAAAUUGUAUCAUCAGUAGUCAAAGAUAGACUAAAUGUAAACAACUGUAAGCAGGCUCACACGAACACACACUAUUGUGUGGAGUUCUUGCCUGUGCAUUCCUGUAGAUUUGUGUCUGGAGCUUAGAUUUGACUCUUGCUUUAAAACCGUUCCCCUGUAUCCUAGCUCUGUAGCCCUUCACUUCACAGGCACACCUGUGCGCUUUGGACAGGUGUUGUAAGGGUUAGAUCCCAUUAUGAUAACAGCAAUGUGUUGUGUACAAUGUCCCACUGACAUCCAUUCUACUUUUACUGGAUAAAUGGCCUCUACAUUUGACCCCUAUUGAUUUUACAGCGUUACCCCACCAUGUUCAACAUUUUCAAGUAAAAUUCCAAGCCCUAUUUGUAAGCAACACAUUCUGUCAUCUGUUCUUGGAAAACUGAUCCAUUCAUCAGGAUAAAUACAUUGAUGCAUGCAUCAAGGUCUCCAAAAGAACUUGUGUAGUGAAGGGUAAAACUUCAUUAUUAUUAUCGCUGUUAUGGUUAUGAUCGUUAUUAACAGUUUCUCAUUUUUAGUAUAAAGAAAGCACCAGAUUGUUUUGGAAAGAAACCUUUUUUUAUUUGUCUUGCAGUUGUGGUCUGAUUUCACAAUGCAUUGAGAAGAAGGCCAAAAGGCUGAGAGAAAGAGUGUCGAAGUUGGCAGUCAUGUUUGUAUGGUUGGGAAAUGACUUACAGUGCUGAAAUAAAAUUUAUUCUUUUAGUAA